AUGGCUAGAAAGCACAGUAUUGAAUUGAGCGAUAAUGAUAUGAGGUAUAGAAGUAAAAACAAUCCCAGGUCGAACUAUCGUCUUGAACGUGGCGAUGAAAUUAAUUCCUCAGAUUCUGAUAGAGGAUACUGUACAGAAAGAAAAGAUUUUGAUAGAAGAUGUAGAGCAAGGCAACAUGCUGGGAUAUGGGAUGAGCAUCAUAGGAAGGAAUCACGAAAUAAUGAGCAACAUAGCAGUUCAAAACCACCUCAUGGACGCUCCACAUUGCUAGAGGGAAACCGAGACCGAAACCUGAAUACUGAUGUGUCAAGUUUGGGAAAGAGAGAUGGAAUUUAUGUUCCGCCUUAUAAGUUGGCCCGAAAGAUGAAAGAGGUCGAAGAUAAAAGUAGCAUUGAGUAUCAGAGGCUGACAUGGGAUGCCCUAAAAAAAAGCAUCAAUGUCGUAGUGAACAAGGUCAAUGCUGCCAACAUAAAGAAUAUAAUCCCUGAGAUCUUUUCAGAGAAUCUCAUUCGCGGUAGGGGCCUCUUCUGCCGAUCCAUUAUGAAGUCACAGAUGGCAUCUCCGGGAUUCACAGACGUAUUUGCUUCCUUGGUUGCUGUUGUCAACACCAAGUUUCCUGAGGUCGGCCAGCUUAUGUUGAGAAGAAUUGUCCUGAAGCUUAAGAUAGCAUUCAAGCGGAACGACAAGCCACAGCUACUAGCUGCAGUUAAAUUCAUUGCUCAUCUUGUAAACCAACAAGUGGCUCAUGAGAUUGUAGCAUUGGAAUUGCUAACUGUGCUGCUUGAAAACCCUACCGAUGACAGUGUUGAAGUUUCUGUAUGGUUUGUGACAGAUUGUGGCUCAAUGCUACAAGACCUUUCACCGAGAGGGCUGCGCGGAAUCUUUGAUCGGUUUUUGGGGAUUCUUCAUGAAGGAGAAAUUGACAAACGAGUUCAGUUUUUGAUUGAGGGCUUAUUAGCUUUAAGGAAAGCCAAGUUUAAUGGUUACCCAGCUGUUCGUCCAGAGUUGGACCUCGUGGAGCAAGAAGACCAGUUCACUCAUGAGGUUUCUCUUCAAGAUGAGAUAGAUCCAGAAGAUAGCCUUAAUCUCUUCAAGCCGGACCCUGAUUUCCUUAAGAACGAGAAGCGCUACGAAGAAGUAAAGAAAACAAUACUCGGUGAUGAGUCUGAAGACGACGAUGAGGUCAACGAUGACGAUGAAUCUGAAGAAGAACAAGAGGAGGAUGAGCAGCACAUGCAAAUAAGAGAUGAGACAGACACAAAUCUCAUCAAUCUUCGAAGGACGAUAUAUCUGACCAUCAUGUGUAGUCUAGAUUUUGAGGAAGCAGGUCAUAAGCUUCUUCAGAUUAAGCUCGAACCAGGCCAAGAGAUGGAGCUAUGCACUAUGCUUUUAGAAUGUUGCAGUCAGGAGAAAAACUACCGUCCUUUUUACUGUCUCUUGGGACAGCGGCUUUGCAUGAUCAACAGAAUCUACCGGGAAAAUUUUGAGAGAUGUUUUGUACUGCAGUACUCGAUGAUCCACCAGUUUGAAACAAACAAGAUUCGCAAUGUUGCUUCAUUUUACGCCCAUUUACUCUCAACAGAUGCUCUUCCAUGGCAUUGCAUAGCCUAUAUGCGUCUAACCGAAAAGGACACCACUUCAUCUUCUAGGAUUUUUAUCAAGAUCCUUUUCCAGGAGUUGUCAAAGCAGCUUGGCACUCGUAUGCUUAAUGAGCGGCUCCAUGAUCCGGCCAUGCGAGAAAGUAAUGAGUCUAUUUUGCCGAGGGAUAAUCCGAGGAACUCCCGGUUCGCCAUAAAUUUCUUCACACAAAUAGGGCUUGGUCCUCUCACUGAGAACCUGCGUGAGUUCUAUGAUCACCUGCCACAGCUUAUUAGGCAACAACAAAAAGCAGUGUUGGAGGAAGAAUCUGAGAGCUCUGGUUCAUCGGAUUCGGAAUCGGAAUCAUCAAGCUCUGAUGAUGAAAGCGAAAGUGAUGGGGAUGAAAGACGCAAGAAUAAACGGAGGAGGAGAGAUUAA